CCGUGAUCCCGUGGAAUACUGAAAUUCCUUACUCGGUACUACAAUGACAUUGACCACAGUUGCGUUCUUUUCGUCUUACAUCCAUGUAUCGUCCUCCGCGGAAGCGGCGCAGCACUCGAAAGGGAGUCUUCGACCCGUCAGACAGCAAAAAUGUAACAUAUACACGUGUUGGAGUAUGGGACCUUUACGAAGAAAAGCCUGAGGUGCUCGCUCGGAUACCAUGGUCGUCGCGGUUGGAGACCUAUGUCGAGAUGCUGGGUAGCAUGCCAUAUUUCUGGAGGAUGUUGAGGGAUAUUGGGAACAUUCGAUUCUGCCGGAUUCUCCUUGGACUCAACCUUCUUAUACAUAUCCUGGGUGCUUUGAUACCAGCAGUAGCCCUCUGGUAUUCUGGGCAAUUGUUGAACAUUGUUCAAAUCGCCAUCGAUGAGCGAACCGUAGACAAAACACUCCUCUUUCACGUCGCAACUGGGCGGGUUGCAUGCUCUCUGUUCUCUCGGCUGGUUUCACAUGCCAAACAGUACAUUCAUCCAGCUUUGAACUCACGAAUCAAGCAAUACUAUUCCAUUCAUAUGUUCCACGCGGUCGCGCGACUGGACCUUCCAACGUUUGACGAUCCAGCUGUGCAGAAGCAGCUCGAACAGACCUCUGCAGUUGACUCAGGCUCUACAGUCGCCUGGGGCACAGUCAAUGCCAUCAUCGACAUCUUCAGUACUGCGGUGCAGCUUGUAUCUCAGCUCGUAGUUCUCAUUCGAGUUGUGCAUGACCAACCAGAUGGACCUCUCAUCGCCAUACUUAGUUUCGGACAAGCACUGUUUCAAAACGAAGGACGACAUGCGCGACAUAUAAGCUCCAGUGUAUGGGCCGCGACGACCAAAGAUGAGGACUACAUUAGGUCUGAGGGACUCAAGCGUCUAAUUAUCAAUCCGACACAUCGUAAAGAGAUGGUUGCUGGUGGGAUGUGGGAAUAUCUUCUUCAUGAGUACACCACUAGCAUAUGGCGAGUGGGAGAUGCCGGAGGCGACUUUUGGCCCCUUUACUCGUCCCAAAAAGCGCGGGACAGUUAUCUGUCGUUUCUCCAAGAUCCAUUGCGUGAAUUGCCUCAGAUUGCCUUCACUCUCCGUGCCGUGCAACAGCCUGCUUCUAUACCACUCUCUCUCGCCUCACUGAACUUGAUCACAUCUUCGGCAACUUCGUUUACCUUUACGUUGUAUAGUCUUUUUCGUGGGUCUUCCUCUGUGGCAGAGCGCAUGGCGAGUAUCCGACAACUAUACGAAGUUGGUAAGAUGGAGAAUCGUGUGGCAGAUGGAGUGAUACCAUAUCCUGAGAACCCCCAGACCCUCAGCUCUGGAAUCUCAAUCGAGUUCAGGAACGUGUCUUUCAAAUAUCCAGGCGCAGAAGCUUACGCCCUACAAAGAGUAUCCUUCAUAAUUCGGCAAGGACAGCUUUGUGUCAUUGUGGGCAAGAACGGUUCUGGAAAAAGCACAAUUUUGAAAUUGAUUGCUCGUUUAUACGACCCUCUGGAAGGCGUCAUUCUCAUAGACGAUCUUGAUAUCAAAACAUUGAAAUUGGCUGAUAUCAGACGCGCUACUUCCGUCCUUUUCCAGGAUUACACACAUUUUCCGCUAUCGAUCAAAGAUAACAUAGGAUUCGGUGACCCUGAAGACCAUACUAACGAAGACAAGAUACGAAGAGCCGCGGGGCUCGGUGGCUCAGAGGAGUUCAUCAACAAACUCCCAGAGGGCUUUGAUACUUAUCUCGAGCGGCCUGUGCGUGACAUGUAUUCCGGUUUGCCCGAAGGUACAGAGACACUCUUCGGGAGACCAGUGAAUUAUGGCAAACUUAGACGCAUGGGCGGCAUGAGUAGCACGAAUUCAACGUCUUUAUCAGGUGGUCAAAUGCAGAGAAUAGCAUUGUCUCGCACGUUUAUGCGAUCGCUCGUAUCUGAACAAAGCGUGGGUCUGCUACUCUUCGACGAGCCAUCCGCCAGUUUAGAUCCUACGGCCGAACAUGAUUUGUUUGAACGACUGCGCAAAUUGCGGGGAAACAAGACCAUGGUCUUCUCUUCUCAUAGGUUCGGAAACCUGACGCGGCAUGCUGAUCUGAUUUUAUAUAUGGAUGACUCGGCGAUCAUAGAGGAAGGCACUCAUGCUGAUCUUGUUCGCAGGGACUGUGAAUAUGCUCGGAUAUGGAAACUACAAGCGGAAGCAUUUCUAUCUUAAUUUUGGACUAUUAGUAUCUACUUGGAGACUAACUGCACGCAUGUCUAUACCGCAGUAUACCGCUAUAUCGCCUGUUGGAUAUCUUAUAUCUUUAUCUUCCAUGGCUAUUUGGAAUUUGAACACUGCCGUCCAAAUGCCGGUUGUAAAUGCCGUCGCUAUCAAUCGCAGAUAG